GGAGAGCGGACUCUCCCCACUCUCGGCCGUACCAGGGCAUUUGCGGGCCUUUUGGAGUUUAUUCAGUUGUAUAUCAAAUCUAUCUGGGUACAUUUUUUGUCUGACACUUGCGAAUAAAGUGAAAUAAGUUUUUCUUUCGACUAAUUAGUUUUCUACAUUCCAAGCUUUGCAGUGAUCUAUCUGAUGUCUUGCCUAGUCAAACAUCCAAGAAGUGGAAUCGAGAGUUCAGUUGUGACCCUGUCGCGAACUUAAUUGAUUGGUUGCAGCUAUUUAACUCCUUGAGCAUGCUAUAGAGGUGUCAUAAUUUUAACACCCAGAACAGAGUUUAAAUGGUUAAGUUUGUUAAUUCUGAUCAGUGUUUUUUUGCAAGGUAGUUUUUCCGCGAUAGGGUUGCUGACCCUAUAGCAAACCCUCCUCUUUAAUCCGGAUUUGUGGCCGGCAAUAUUCUUAGAAGAUCUACAGUCGGAGUUGCUUUUAAUGAGAUCGUACAAUUUUAUGCAACCGGUGCAGAGUUUUACAGUCAAAUCAAGCCAACUGGGAUUCAGUAAUGGGUCUUAAUAUCCGUGAUUUAAAAUGGUUUAUGCGACGUCGUAAUAUACCGUUCGUUGGUCUGAUUGAGAAAGAACAAUUUGUGGAUGCAGUGCUGAGCAGUCUAGGCAUUACCACCCGAAGUACAAAUGCUGAUGACCAUUUGUUUCCAGACUCAACAAAACGUAACGUUAAACUUGAAGACUUGAUGUCAGAAGAAUCCAUUGAAAAUCUUUCUGUUCGUCAGAUCAAAGAUCUUUUAGUCUACAAUUUUGUUGACUUCACUCAUUGUGUGGAAAAAGCUGAACUUAUUGCCAGAGCGAAACAGUUAUGGCGCAAUUACAAACAGCAACAACCACUCAUAUUUGAAGCUCAAGAAGCAGUAGAGUUUGAAGAUUGUCAGAAUGCUGGAACAUCGAGUGAGAAAUGUCCAGUUGAUUUGAAUGAUGAAUGCGGGGUUUGUAUGGAAGCUCCAGUUAAUUGUGUCUUUUUAGAAUGCGGUCAUUUAUUUUCUUGUGUUGAUUGCGGAAGAAAGCUGACUGAAUGCCCACUAUGUAGACAAAGCAUUGUCCGUGUUGUACGUACAUUCCGUGUCUGACAUUUUCAAAUAAACCAUUCUGUAAUAUACCUAAAUAUCGAUAUAUAAUCUUUAGCAUGAACUUUAUUGCACUUGUUUUUAGAUUUCAGUUAUAAAACACUCAUUCCACUUUGUGUACACUAAAUUGGAGCUAGAAAAAAUAGGGCUACUUGGUUCAAUGGUUAAUUUUCUUUUUCAAAGUUGAAUUACACUUCAUCGGGGUGUCCACAUUCAGAAUAUGCUUUUUGCCCAUAACCAUUGAGAAUAGUCAUAUGAUGCAUUCAGUUCGCAACGACUAAUUUUUCGCCAGCUUCGCCUAGACACAGACUUUUGGUAAUUUAUUAAUAAUCUUAAGAUUUAGUUAACAUCAAAACUAGUCAAAUUUUCAAAC